CACCAAAAUAGAAGUCUAACAAUGUUGUCUGAGCACCCUGUUCGCCUUUCCCACUAUAAAUGAAGGAAAAGUAAAAUAAACUCUGUCCUCCACCUUGAUAUCUCGCGCGUCUCCAGAUUUCGUAGAAGCGUUAAACGCCGAAUUAUUUUAGGACAGCUACAAAGGAGGCGCAUCUAUUGCUCUCGUCCAUACAAAGAUCGCCUUUCUGUUUGUCUGAAAGGCUGAAGCAUAGUCGGAAUAGAAGAGCCUUCCAUCACUCUCCUGCUUCUCCAGAGUCGAAAUUAGAUCUUUUCUGUUCCUUUCCUCUGUGGAUCGCGCAGCCGGUUCAGUAAUCCAUUAGGUGGCUGGUAGGGACGGCCGCUUAAUUGGGAUCCUGCUGUUAUUCUGAAAAAGUGGUUAGCAGUUGUUGGGAAUUUGAUGUUGGGCUCAAUCACCAUGUUUCGCAGAAGGCAAUCUCAUAAUCACGAGGAGAACGAUUCUUUGCAACGAGGUGCAAAGGUGAGUGAACUCAGGGCUGCUCUUGGGCCUCUAUCUGGGCGUAGUUUACAGUACUGCACUGAUGCAUGCCUUGUGAGAUACUUGGAAGCUCGGAACUGGAAUGUUGACAAGGCAAAGAAAAUGUUGGAAGAGACACUCAAAUGGAGGGCAACCUAUAAGCCUGAGGAGAUUCGUUGGCAUGAGGUAGCGCAUGAAGGUGAGACUGGGAAAGUGUCCAGAGCUGAUUUUCAUGAUCGACUCGGGAGGACAGUCCUUAUAAUGAGGCCAGGGAUGCAGAAUACAACAUCAGCAGAAAAUAAUAUCCGCCAUCUAGUCUAUCUCAUAGAGAAUAGUAUUCUUAACUUACGGGAGGGUCAAGAACAAAUGUCAUGGUUGAUAGACUUUACAGGAUGGUCAUUGAACACUAACGUUCCUAUCAAGACAGCCCGAGAUAUCAUCAACAUUUUACAGAACCACUACCCUGAGAGACUUGCAAUAUGCAUCCUCUAUAAUCCUCCCAGAAUUUUUGUGGCAUUUUGGAAGGUUGUCAAGUACUUCCUCGAUCCAAAAACAUUUCAGAAGGUGAAAUUUGUUUACCCAAAGAAUAAAGAGAGUCUGGAGGUAAUGAAGUCACUUUUUGACGUGGAGAACCUUCCAGGUGAGUUUGGAGGAAAAGCCACACUGAAAUAUGACCACGAAGAGUUCUCGAGGAUGAUGGCAGAGGAUGAUGUGAAAACUGCCAGUUACUGGGGACUUGAUAGCAAGCCCUGCCAUGUUACUAAUGGGUAUUCAGGAGCAGAAACAAUGCCCCUUGCACCUCCAGCUAGCUAAUUGAGCCUCCCUAAUGCCUGCAAUAGUAUGUAAGAAACUAAGGAAAAAGAAACUACAAACCAGACUGAUACCGUUGAUACAGAUUCUAGUAUGAAAUUUUCUAAUAGGAACUGGAAUAAAGUUUCCUUCUUGAGGUGAA